AACAAAAAAUACUCAAACAUGAAGAAAACAGUGUCAAGAAAAUCCACAAAAGGAGAGCAAAAACGAUGAAUUACGAAAAAUCCAUAUCAGUUGAAUACUACCGGGGAUAUGAUCCCCUGGGGGAUAACAUCCGUUUAUUAAAUAAGAAAUGUAACAAAAUUCGUCGUCAUAAAAUUGUGACAAUUUUUGUACAUAAAAUUAAUUCGAAAUUGUGUUGACCUUUUGAUACGAGAAUAUUUAUGAUUUUUUCAAACAAGCUAUAUGUAAACAAUGCAUGGUGUACUUUCUAAGUCUUUUCUUGUCCAUCAUUUAUUGUUGAUAAGUCUAAUCAUCAUUUGUGGUCAUGAAGAUGGUCGUGAAGGUGGUGUGGACGAUGAUAACAAGAGAAAAGACAUCAAAAGAAAUGGAGACUCAAAGAAUAAUGUUAUGUUGAUAUCUUUAGAUUCAUUUGGUUGUAAAUAUCUAGAAUUGCUUGAAACGCCAACUCUAGAUUCAUUUAAGAAAGAAGGAGUUUAUGCUGACUACGUAAUCAACGUAAUUCCCACAGAAACAUUUCCAAAUCACGUUUCCUUAGCAACAGGUCUGUAUCCAGAGUCUCAUGGAAUGGUAUCUAAUGAAAUGUAUGACCCUGUAUUUAAAGAAUCCUUCAAAAUGGGCAUGACUGAUCCUAAAUGGUGGUGGAAUGAUGACAAUGAACCAAUUUGGUAUACUAAUGAAAAGAAUGGUGGUAGAAGUGGUAUAACAUGGUGGCCAGGGUAUAAUGUUGCAAAUUAUACCCCUAGAUACAUGAUUACUCAAAAGAUGUCGUACAAAGAAAAAGUUAAUCAGGUGAUUUCAUGGUUAAAAAUACCAAAAUAUCCCAAUUUAGUGAUGAUGCAUUUUGAUCAACUUGAUGAAGCUGGUCAUGCUCAUGGCUUUGGAUCUCAAGAUACGCUUCGAGAAGUUAAAAACAUCGACAACAUCAUUGGUUACCUUCUUCAAGAACUAAAGAACAAUAAUUUACUAAAUAAAUGGAAUAUUAUCCUGACAGCAGAUCAUGGUAUGACAAAUAUUUCAAGAAGCAAGAUUAUAAACAUUACAGAUUAUGUUGAUCCAUCUGAAUGUUUUGUUAAUGGUGAUGGUGGAGUUCGUUUUGUCUGGCCAAAAGAAGGAAAAAAGGAAGCAGUUUAUAAGAAAUUGAAAUCUAAUCACCAUCCAAACAUGCAAAUCUGGCGAAAGGAGGAAUUUCCAAUUAAAUUUCAUUAUAGAAACCAUCGUCGUGUAUCGCCUAUUCUAAUAACUGUUGACGAAGGAUGGACACUUGUAAAUGAUCCAAAACAAUUUAAAUUCAAGCACAAUGGUGCUCAUGGUUACCUAAAUACAUACCCUAGUAUGUUGCCAAUAUUUUUUGCCCGUGGACCUGGAUUCAGGAGAGCAUUUCAUUCAAAAGUGUUUAAUUUGGUUGAUUUGUACCCAAUAAUAUGUAAGUUGCUUAAAAUUAAACCUAAACCAAACAAUGGAACAAUAGAAGUCACUCAACAUCUACUUCUUGACGGUAAUGAAAAUGAGGAGUUCAGUGGUUUAUUGGUUGGUGUUAUGGUCACCUCAGUGUUUUUUGCUCUGGGAAUCUUGAUUUGCUUGGUAACCAUGUGCCUGAGUGACAGGAAAGUAAAAACAGUAAAGAAAAAAAAUGUUUGGAAUGAUAACAAUGCAAUGAAUCCAUCGGAACAAUCAAAGAAACUAUUGCUUGAUGAAGAAAGUGAUGAAGAGAUAGAAUAUUUUCAAUCAGAUAGAUUAUAAUUAUGUAACAAUGACAUAUUUUAUGUUUGAAGCAUAAUUUGUGUAUCUAAUAAAUGUGUUCUUUAAUGUAAUCACUCCAGACAUUGUGAAAUUUCAUGAUGCAAGAAAAAUAAAAUAAUUUAUAAAAACAAA